AUAUAUAGGAUUCCACCAGACUAGCCACUCCACUACCUCACCACUGUGAGUACUGCUGAGUACUCCUAAAAGCACUGAUAAUGUCUUCUUUUAAGCCCUAUUCUUCACUAACUGACGCUCCCACCAACCUGAAGGAGGCCAUUGACUGGGUCCUGAGGGUUACUGGUAAGGAUGGAAAGCCACUAGACGAGAAGAAUGGAGAAUGUAUAUGUGGCCUGGCGGCGGCAGUGACUGACCUACUGCAGUCAGUACAACUGGAGUACCAUGGCUAUGAAGGUGAAGCUCCAAACAAUGGCCCCCCAAAAGAUCAAGUAACACAAUACCUCAAUGGACUCUUCUCCCUAGUCCAAGGCCUAGGUGGUACUGCAGUGGUCCGGACCUAUAUAGACCAGCUGGCACAGGUACUCAGUGCACUCGUUGGGUGGAGUAAGAUAGAUAAGUGUUGGGACAAGGGCAAAUGCCAGAAGGGUGGCAAUGGAUAUCAACAUGGCAUAAAAACGGAAUGCGGAUAUCUAAAGGAUGUAACACCAAACACGCCGUGCAAGGAAUGUGGGUGUAUGAAAUGGAAUGAUCCCAAUCCGAGCAGUAAUGAAGGACACCACCUAGGAAGGAGGUGUACAAAGUGUAAGGGUAGUGGUGAUAGUACAGGGUGUAGCUGUAGUAGUGCUGGUGGCAAGCAGUGUACUGCUGACAAGGAGUGUAAAUGCGACAGAAAAUGUGAAUGUACCAAUGGUACAUAUAGAUCGGCAUAUGGAGAGAAUGUCAGCUACCAAUCAUACAUAGGAGAAAUCCACCAACUAUGUAGACCACCGAAUUGGGAGUAUUUAAAGCGUGGCCCUCCUGGUUUCAAUGCUGAUGGCAAGCAGAUAAAGGACGGAUUGACCCCCUCCCAACGCCGACACCAAUGUGCCCGUAUUCUCCUAGGGUCAGUAUGCCUCAUCUGGAGUGGACUUACAUAUAUGUAUUGGACUGGUAAAUGGGCCAAGAGUAGUCCCCGGUGGAACAAUCACAUCCUGGAUGGCACUGGUCUAGAUGAUGGUACCCUAUCACAAUGGCUUCAGGCCCUAGGGUUUCCUAGGGAGAUGUUGAAUGACCAUGGUCCUGGAAAUAGAUGGGAUCAGGUUAUUAACAAUGACUUUGUACAAAAGUUUUAUUUAGGUUUCGCGGAUACAAGUGGAAGUAGUGGCAAUAAUGGCCAUGGCAAUGACAUCAAUGGUACUACAUUUAGGAAUCCAUCUAGCAUGAACUAUGCUGGAUAUAUACAUACUUUAGAGAAGGGUGCAUUUUGCAGCAACGCUACCGUCUUCAAGAAAGCUAAUGGCGCCACAAUUACUGAGGAAAACAUACACAAAUGUGGCGCCUUGUACAAGCUUUACAUUCUAUCAUGCGCUUACUUUACUGGAUUGCAGAAAAAGCGUAGUACCCAGAGCAAUACUCCUACGACUCCUAGGACAAUCCGAGAAAUCCUCUACUGGCUCAGUGCAUUGCCCUAUAGUCAGGCAUACCAAGAGAUAUUGAAGCAUUCCAAGGAAGUAUUGAAGAAGGUAGCACCAGAUAAGGGUGGUACUAAAACGCUCUCAUUUAUCCAAACAGGCCGUAAUGCUCCCAUUACCGUUCAUGAAUUCAACCUGUUUGCCCACUUCCAAGCAGUGACUCAGUACUGCCCACUGGUCCUCAUAUGUAUCCAGGGUGGUAUACACAGCACUAACAGCAGUACUCCUGCCAUUCACUCCCUCUAUGCCAACACUGAAUGCCACUUCACCUAUCCCACUGUAUCCAUCCAAGCAUACAACCAGGUGGUACACUACAUUAGGGCUCUGUUCUACCAGCUCUACUUCCUUAGGAAGCAGUGUGCAGUGAAAGUUGCCCUAGGAGGUAAAUGGCGUGAGUGUAGGUAUGGUGAUGGGGUAGUCUCUAAGGGGGUUAUUAGCUGGAUGUGCCUGGGGUGUAACCCCAUGGAACAUGAUAGGAAAUGUAGGGUGGAUGAGUUGGGGAAGGAGUUGGUGGGGGUAAUAAAUAAGCUAACGGCAUUGGAAUGGCGAAAGGCUGAGGAGACGAAAAAGAGAGAAGAAAAACUAGAGAGGGCUGAGAAAUUGAUAACUCUAUUCGAAGCUAUUGGGAAUGUAGUGGUACAAUUGGGUAAUGCCCAGGAGGCAUUGGAAGGGAAGAAGAAAGAGGCGAUAGAGGCGGUGAAGACGAAACUAACGGCGGCUAGGACGGGACUACAUAGUGCUAAGGAGAAGUUGAAUGAGAAUGGGCUGAAUGAGGAACUAAAGGAUGCUAAGGCAGCACUAGGGGUGCUGACGAAUGGUGGUGGUGGUAAUGGAGGAAUACUAGAGAAGUUAAUAGGGGGUGAUGGACUAGAUAAGGCUAGUAAUGGUGAAGAAAACCAGAGGGACUUCAGUAGUGGGAAGGACAGGAUAAGUGAGGCUAUCAAUAAGGUACAUGAAGUAAUGAAGCUUAUAAAGGAGUGGGCGGAGCAAGAUAAAGACGAGGUUAUAUGCCAUCUGAAGGACCCAUAUAAUGAAUUCCUCAAGGCUAUCGAAGACCUCAUUUCAAUCUGCACCUCUCCCAAGUGCCCGCCAUGUGAAUCACACUCCAAAAAAUGUGGCCAACCAUCCACACCCAGUAUCUGUAGGACCUGUCUCCAACCCACUACCACUGGUGUCCCCUCCCCCCUCCAGGCAUUCCUCGAGGAUAGGCUACCAGGUUUUAGUUGUGACGAAGUGGUGAACGAUGACAAGGACAAUCCAGAUUAUCCACCCGCUGCAUCCCACCUAGAACACUGUAAUGGCUCAGGCCAGUGCUGCCCACUGCCAAUGGGUUUCAGGGGGCAGUUCCUCAAGGGAGGCAUCAGUGAUUGUACCGGCAAACGCCUUUACGGCAUCCUCUACUUCUUCAGUAACGGGGACAUGAUGCAGUCGUGUGUUUAUACACUAGUGAGGGUCACAGCCGCACUCAGUGCUACGACACCACAGGUAUUGGGUGAUGUCUUUGGGUUCUUUAGAGGUGGUGUGGGAAAUCCAGAGCAACAGGAGGGGCAACAGAAGGGGACAAAUGCCAACAAAUGUGACCACAGUAAGAAGCUGUCUGAUAAAAAAACUGAUGACUACUUUUGCGGCUGGUGUGCCUCUGGGUUACGGGAUGAAGUACAAAAGAUAGAGUGGAUACCAUUUGACAGUACUCCAGGUGGACAAUACCUGAGCACUGUCGGUAAAGCGCUCAGAGAUAUUAAGGGGGAUAAGGGCAGUAGUGGCAAACAGACAGGCACUACUUCCCUCUCGGCACUCACUGACAGUAACCACUACGUAUCCCCCCUAACCGGUGAACUCUAUACCGCUGUGAGUGCCACCUUCGGUAACACAUACCUCUCAUGGGUACUAUAUCUAUCAGAUUCCCUAUACUGGGGAUUACAGUCACUUGCCAGUGAGUUCAAGCAGAUUGAAUGCCGGGGCUGUAAGGGACAAUGUGACCCCAAUAAGUGCAAGAAGGGACAUCAUGGAGCAAGUAGUGAUGGACAGUGUGGAUGCCAAUCAAUCGUAUCAUGUACCGGGGUACUGCCGGUAUUGUACAGACAUGGCUUUAGCUAUGGUAACCCAUUCAAUCUGGAGGGGUUCCAGCAGAGUGGUAAGGACAAGGGGGAUUAUAGUAUACAGAAGGCACAGAGUACUAAGCAGUGUCAUCAGUUCUUGGACAGUAUCAAUGCAGUGAUCAAGACAGAGAGUACCACUCCCCUCACCAACCUCCUCUCCCAGGUCGGCAAGCUCCAAUACGACAUACGGCUCCCCUGGAUCUUUGUCCUCACGUUAGCCUGGCUCAUGGCAGUGCUCUACCUAGCCUUUGGUGCCAUAUGGCCACUGGACUGGACACAUAUGAGGUCGCAUUGGUUACGGGGUGGAGAACACCAGUGGCAAUGCAUGUGGUAUAAGGUGAUGACGGGACGCAAAGGAAUGGCACUGGUGGAGUAUUUUGGUAAGACAUAGUGGCGCCUUCGGCGCAACGGUGCUAAAUGAUAUACACUAGUGUCACUCACUAUAUAUAGUAGCGGUAUAGGUAGUGAUCCUAUAAUGGGCAUUA